CAAACACACACAUGUUUCAUGCAAACUUGCCAUGCUGCUAUUUCAGUUCAAUGUUAACUCUGAAGUUAUUUAAUUUUGAUGGCAUAAUAUCAAGAAUGUGUGGAUUUUAUAUUAUGAGGAUGAAAUAUCUAGGAUGGAAUUUAAUAUCAUGGACUGAUGCAAGUGCAUAAUAUCCAUGAAAAGUUAGUCCCUUUCAGAUGAUGAUGAUUUCACAGUACUAGGCUAUGCUGGAUAACAAAGUAAGAGAAGUUCCAUGCAGUAAUAACAGGUUUUGCUUAAACAUAGCCAAUCUGGCAGGACAAAGGGACUAUGCCUGAUAAUCAUUUACUUAGUUUAAAACUGCUAUCAAAUCAUAGGACAGAUGAUUUACCUGUGUUAGACAAUUGUAUCUAAUCUUAUUUGAAGAACAAUUACAUUGUUAACUGAAACUAUCAUUUGUAAAAAAGAUAACAUAUUUUAGUAUCUAAUCAAUUUAAGUCUGUAGUGUGCUUUAACCAGUGCAAGUUGAUAAACAAACCUUUAUCAAAUUUUAUUGAACGCGUAUAACAGAUAGACAUUCAAAAUAUGUUUCAAAGUCGAAAUCAGAAAUUUGGAUAUCAGAUUUUUUUACAAGCGAAGUGACUGCUGCAAGCCAACUUAGAGAAUGUCACAGACUCCGAAUAAAUCUCAAAUUAUAUCAAUGAAACUGUCUGAAGUGCUGGGUGAUAUUGGCGUUAGUGAGAAAAUGGUGAUGAAGAGGAGAAGGACAUUUAUGUUGAUGGAAGCUGUUGAGAACACUACUCUCAGAUUACUGGGCAAGGACAUCAAUAGCUAUAAUUUUGGUAGUCAGUCAGAGGGUUCUACAACAAUGGAGCUUAACUCAGACAUUGAUACACUCUAUGCUUAUCAUAAUUUGAAUGUGAUACAGAACUUGAGUGAGUGGAAACCUGAAGCCCAGAAUAUACUCAUGGUCCAGGAUGAGACCACACCACCUGGUUAUUGUCUUUUACAAUUUUUGCAGAAAGAUGUUCCUCUUCCCAUCACUGCAGUAAGACGGGAUGAAAAACAUGUUGUUGUAGAUGGAAAAGGAAGGGUGUUGAUGAAAAACACUUUUUUUGAUCACUUAGGUGUAAAUUAUGAUGGCAAAAAUGGUCCUGCACAUGUUUAUCAAGGAAAUGCGCAAACAAAUGCUCAAGAUAAUGUUUCAGCACGGUAUUGUAAAUCAUGGCCUACAGAAGCCAAACCUUGGUUACUAAAACAAGGUAUCGGAGGAUGGCCUACCGAGGACAUAAAGAGAUACUGCAAAACUACAGGAUGUUUUGUUGUACCAGUAGGCAGUACAAGUGGUAAGAAUGAGGAACUCGAAUGGAGAAUAUCGACUUCCCAUGCCGAGAGAUGUCUGAUGUUCAGUUUAAACAUUACACAAAUUAGAUGUUACGUCCUCAUGAAGAUGAUUCUCAAAACAUUCAUAAAUCCUGAGUGUAAUGAUGUCAUCACAAGCUUCAUGUGCAAAACUGUUUUAUUUCAUUAUAUUCACAAUACAAAGUCAGCUGAAUGGCAGGCAGACAAUUUACUUCAAUGUUUAAAAAGCUGCCUUUCAAAACUGCAAAAUAAUGUUGAGAAUGGAAACUGUCCACAUUUCAUAGUUCCUCAGAACAACCUCUUGAAAGGAAAAAUUUCUGCAUCAGUUAAACCUAAACUUACUGCAAUCCUGCAGUCUCUCAUGGACAGAUGCACUGAUGGAGAUUUACUGCAGAGUAUUACUAUUGACUGCCUUGGCUUGAGAUAUAUGGUAAAGAUGGGGAUAUUACCAGACAUACUAUUACAUAAAACCAUUCAGCAUUACAAUUCCCCGUCCAGAAUUCACGGAACGCUACUAGGGGUUAUUGCUACACUCCUAAGCAUUUAUCACGUUGCUCUUUUAAAAAAUAUAAUGGAAGGUGGAAAUGAAAUAGAGCAAAGUAGAUCAUUUGUUGAUACUCUUGUUAGAAGGUAUGAUGGGAUGGCCCUAAGCAGGUUGGAAAAAUCUGCAUACAUACUUCUCAUACCUUUCCUUUGUUCAUCAUUAGCAUCUGCUAUUGCCUCUCACGACCUUGACAUUAACAAAACUAUAUCCUCACACGCAUUGGCCUUGUUUUCAGCUGGCUUAAACUCUGAUUUAUCAUCUGGUAAACUGAAGCUUACAUCAGCAUUAUACUGUUCAGGAGAUAUGGACAGAACAGUGUGUAUUCUCCAGAAUACUGAAUGCGAGUACGAUAAGAAAAAUGUGGAAACUAUAUGUAAAUGUUGGAAAAAACCAGUGACAUACAUACAUGUAAGACAGGGAUUCUUUGAUAAAGCCAGUACAGGAAGUAAAGAACUAAUCAAAUAUAUCACAUCCUUUUGUGUAAGGUUCUUACCUUGCGAAAUGAAGUGUGUUCCACAUGAACUACGCUAUGAAAUGUAUAGAUCUACACAAGAAGACAUGUUUCACAGAAAUGAAGACAAAGACUACUGGAUGGACUGGGCUGUGGUGGAUUCGCUCCCUUACCUCUACUUCCUGCAGUACAAAACUUUUGGCCAUCUUCAGAAAGCAACAGAACAACAAAGGGCUCUUACAGAACUCAUUCAGACAGUUGAAACAGAACCAAACCUGGGUCACAGGGAAACAGCUUUAAACUUGAUAGGACAAUGCAUGGAACAAGAGAACCGUCAAACUGAUGCUCUAAACUUCUAUGUAAGAUCUCUAAAUACGCGUGAAAGAAACAAUGUGGCAAAGAUACAUAUUUGCAGAUUACUUAAUAUUUUAAUCAAUGGAAAAGUUGCAGACAAAUAGAAGAAGUAACAUGAAAUACAUAUAGAAUGGAAGAAAGACAGGCAUUUAUCUAAACAUAUAGAAGCUGAAGAAUAACAGACAACUGGAAUAGAAACCAACGAAAUUACUGACAAGUGGAACACAUACUGGAGAAAUAACAGACAAGUUGAAGAAGGAAAACAGAAGAAAUAUCAACAGAUUUGUAUAGAAAUCAAAGAAAUAACAGGCAAUCUUACAAGAUAUCAAAGAAAUUACUGGCAAUAUUUACAGGUACAAAUAAAAACAGAAGAAAAAUAAAUAGAUCGGUAUAGAACUCAAACAAAUAACAGGCAAUCUGAAUAGAUAUAAGAGAAGCUAUUGGCAAAAUGUACACAUACUGCAGAAAUAACAGGCAAUUUGGGAAAAACAGAAGAAAAAUAAAUAGAUUGGUAUAGAAAUCAAAGAAAUAACAGGUGAUCUGAAUAGAAAUCAAAGAAAUUACUGGCAAUAUAUAGACAUACUUAAGAAAUAACACACAAGUUGUAAAAAACAAAAGAAACAUCAAUAAAUUGUAUGGAAAUGAAAGAUAUAACAGGCAAUUUGAAGUCAAAUUGGAGAUGCAACAGGCAAGUUGCCAAAAAAAAAAAGAAAUAAAUAAAAGGCAAUUCGUAAAGAAAUGGCAGAAAUAACAGGCAAUUUUUACACGAAAGAAAUAACAGAACUAAACUGAUGAAAUCACUGCAGUGAACAAAAUAUUAACUUUCUGCAUUAAUACAGUAUUGUUGGUGACUAAUAUUUUCAUGGAUGCUACGGUUGCUUCAAUCCAUGAAAACAAUUAGAAUUCCCAUAUGUUAUCUCUGAAAAUUGGAAAUGAAUUAAUUUCUGUCAUGACUACAACCAAGAAAUGUUGUACCAAAAUAAUUUUACAUACGUUGUGUAUACCACUGUCAUGUUCCAAUAGGGUAGUGUGGUUUAAUAACACGAAAGUUUUUGUUUAAGUAAACCACUUGUUUAUUAGGGGCUACUUUUAUUUUUAUGAAUCGCAUUUCCUUUAAGAAUACAGGCACUAAAAAGUUUAUAUGUACAUGAAUGUAAAGAAAGUCAAUUGCUUCACAAAUUCAGUGGCAGGGUACAGCUUGGAAAUUGAAAAGUUAAUAGAAACCAAAUAAAAAUGAUUUUUUUCUU